UCACCUUCUGACUCUCCGCUCAUAAAGACAAGGAUGAGUUACGUCGCUAAAGGCGAGAAAGAAUACGAUGCGACGGGCGCGCCCCUCCCCGGAGCCAAAAUCCACAAGAUCCGCAUCACGCUCACGAGCAGCAACGUCAAGAACCUCGAGAAGUUUUCGAAAGAGCUGAUUGAUCGUGCGAAGGACAAGCAGCUCCGUGUCAAGGGCCCCGUACGCCUCCCGACCAAGGUGCUCAAAAUCACCACCCGCAAGACGCCUUGCGGUGAGGGUUCGAAGACCUGGGACCGCUAUGAGCUCAAGAUCCACAAGCGCCUCAUCGACCUGCACUCGUCGAGCGAGAUCGUGAAGCAGAUCACGAGCAUCAGUCUGGAGCCUGGUGUCGAGGUCGAGGUUACCAUCUCUGCUUGAGUGUAUGACGUUCUUCGCGUACAGCUAUAUGUUCACGACACGUUCGAAAUGUGGGCUUGCGUGCAGUGCUCGCCAGCAGGGGUAUCGGACGUGAGCAUCCGUGCACUCAGUUGCCGGGAAUCGUGACGCGUUCAUCCACCUCGUUCGGGUGGCCUGUGUUUAGUCGAUGACCAUACUCACUUUUCGUUGCUGGGCCGCGGACAACUGCGCAUGAGACCGUCACUUCGCAAUAAGUUGACGGCAUUUGAUUGAACAAUGCAUAAAACGCUGCGACUUUGCCG